UUCCAUCCCUAAUCCCCGCUAAGGUGAAUCGACCAGUGCGACAAACGCGAUAACAGUCGGGGGCAGAUUUCUAUGACAAGGGGCUGGUGCUGAUAGAGGUGAACCCUUGGACAGCUCUGCCCUACGAUUGGUUUCACUCCUGUCGAUACUUUCCAUUAACCUUCAGCCCAUUUCUAGCGCAUUGACUCCCAGGGGUUCUCAUCAGUGCCAAGUUGAAAGUUCUUAUUCUCUCAGCUGCCCGUCUUUCGUGUUUCUUGAUAUAUCAUCGCUCACUCCUCAAGAUGUCUUCCAUCUGCUCUUCAACAUGGGCUACGUGGACGACUCCUCGGUCGAUGCCCCUAUCGGUCUUGCGAUGGUAUCCUUCAUCGCCCUAUACAACGCCAUUGAGCUCAAUGUCAUCAUAUUUUUCAUAUUUGAGCGGAAAAGCGGUCUCUACUUCUGGAGCUUCUUCUUUGCUACCUGGGGCAUCUUUUUCCAUACUAUCAGUUAUCUGAUAUGGAACUUUGGCGUCCUCAAAAAUGCUGUGGCAUGGGUUACUAUCGCUGUGAUCGGCUGGGUUCUCAUGGUCACUAGCCACUCCCUCGUUCUUUAUUCACGGCUACACCUUAUCUUAUAUGAUGAGAGGAUCCUCCGUCUGGUCUUGGCUAUUAUUAUUACAAAUGUUUUUAUCGGCUACGUCUCUACGAUCAUUGUCGCCUACCGGGCUAUUCUGGCCCUAGAACCCGGUCCCUACGUCACCGCCUACCCGGUAUACGAGACGAUCCAAGUAUCCCUUUUCAUCCAGGAGAUGAUUAUUUCGGGCCUAUACAUUUGGUAUACCUAUAAAGCUUUCCAGAUGCAAGAAGCUCUCCGUGGUGCCCAGGCCUCCAGGAUGCUAUACCAUCUCGUUGCGGUUAAUAUUCUUGUUAUCAUCCUCGACGUCGCCGUCCUCGUCCUCGAGUACAACAACCCGUACAACUUGCAAACCGCUAUCAAGGGAAUGGUCUACUCCAUCAAGCUCAAGAUCGAAUAUUCCAUCCUUAACUCCCCCAUCAACCUUGCCAAAGCCAACGUUGGACACAGUGGCGAGCACGACACCAUCCUGGACAUUGAUCGAAAGGACCUGCUUUAUCUCGAAGACCACUCCUUUUAUCUCAGCGCCAAGGCUCUUCAACUUGAAAGAAAUUCCGAAUAGUGAAGGUCGCCAGUGAUUUCCAUAGACAUCAAGGCAAGAUUCAUGGGGCAGUCGUUACUGUUGAAAAAGCUGAUAAGAUCAUAGCCGAGGAAAAUAGGGUUUGCACCUAGACUUGCGGCAUGCUUAAAC